CAGAUGAGACACAGACUGCAACUGGGCAGGAUAUAUCUAUACGUCCCUACUCCACAGCACCACCACCACCACCUCCUCCUCCUCCUCCUCCUUAAAAAAAAGUUACUGCUAAUUCUGAACUAGUGUAGAUACAGUCGCUGGAUUUCAAAUGAUAAUCUCAAAUGAUCUGCAAACAUUGAACAGAUCAUACUCUUAAUGAGUUCUAAAUUACAGUAGAUUAUUGGACUGCUGAGUGCUCAUCUACAUAGAAGACAGCUUGGUGGAAGGCCAAGGAUACCUGUGGAGAUCUACUUUUCACAGACGUGGUGUGUUCUUCCAGAACGUUCAAAACUGUUUCUUCAAAGGUUGCUCCAGAAAUUUUCAAGACUGUAUCCCAAAGUAGAAACGCAACAGUCCCAGGCGUUGGCAAUGGGCAGCGUGCGUGCCAACCGCUACAGCAUUGUGUCCUCUGAGGAAGACGGGAUGAAACUGGCUACGAUAGCAGUUGCCAAUGGCUACGGCAAUGGCAAAAGCAAAAUACACACCAGGCCGCAAUGCCGAAGUAGAUUUGUGAAGAAAGAUGGCCAUUGUAAUGUUCAGUUUGUAAAUAUGAGUGAGAAGGGCCAACGCUACUUGUCGGACAUCUUCACAACAUGUGUGGACAUCCGUUGGCGGUGGAUGCUGGUCAUCUUCUGCCUGUCCUUCAUCUUGUCCUGGCUGUUGUUUGGUUGCAUGUUUUGGCUUAUUGCACUGAUGCAUGGUGACUUGGACGCCAAAGGAGACCAUAAACCAUGUGUUUCUGAGGUCAAAAGCUUUACUGCUGCAUUUCUAUUCUCUAUCGAGACACAGACCACUAUUGGAUAUGGCUUCCGCUGUGUGACAGAAGAGUGCCCCAUAGCUGUGUUCACAGUGGUUUUUCAGUCCAUUGUAGGCUGCAUCAUUGAUGCUUUCAUCAUUGGUGCUGUCAUGGCCAAGAUGGCCAAACCAAAAAAAAGAAAUGAAACACUAAUCUUCAGUGACAAUGCUGUGGUCGCUAUGAGAGAUGGAAAGCUCUGCUUAAUGUGGCGAGUUGGAAAUUUACGCAAAAGCCAUUUAGUAGAAGCCCAUGUACGGGCCCAGCUGCUUAAAUCUAGAAUAACACCAGAGGGUGAAUACAUCCCCUUGGAUCAAGUAGACGUUAAUGUAGGCUUUGAUAGUGGAAUAGAUAGAAUAUUUCUAGUGUCACCUAUUACAAUAGUACAUGAAAUUGAUGAAGACAGUCCUUUCUAUGACUUGAGCAAACAGGAUAUGGACAAUGCAGACUUUGAAAUAGUUGUGAUUCUUGAAGGAAUGGUGGAAGCUACAGCAAUGACCACUCAGUGUCGCAGCUCGUAUCUUGCCAGUGAAAUUCUCUGGGGUCACCGAUUUGAACCAGUGCUCUUUGAGGAGAAAAACUACUACAAAGUUGAUUAUUCCCGCUUUCACAAAACAUACGAGGUGCCUAACACGCCUCUCUGUAGUGCCAGGGACUUGGCAGAAAAGAAAUACAUACUAUCUACACCCAACACGUUCUGCUAUGAAAACGAGGUGGCCCUCAUGAACAAAGACGAAGAGGACAGUGAGACGGGGACACCAGAGAGUCCAAGCACAGAGACAUUAACUAACAUGGACCAUAAUCAGGCCACUGUUCCACUAGAGCCUCGCCCAUUGAGGCGAGAAUCUGAAAUCUAGCACCUAAAAGUAUCUUUUUUUUAAAAGAGAGAUAUCCAUCAAAGCAUAUAGUGCUUAACUGUGCCCAGAACAGCAAACCAAGAAAAGGGUACUGUUGAAGUCAGGCUUUGCUGAAAGACAGUCCAACACAGGUUGUUCGUCUUUAAUGACAGACUGCAGGAAAUCAGUUCUUUCAAACAAAGCACUAAUAAUAAUUUUAACCUGACAAGGAGGCACAUAAUAGCAUAUGCAGUAGCAUAUAUAAAAAAAGUAUGGAAAAACUUGAACUUGCAGGAAAGACUGGAUGGAUGUAAGUUAACCUGAUAACUAUCCACUCGAACAAAAUGGCUCUCAAUAGAAAUCUAUAGCCCUGAGCAAGGUUUCAUCUGCUCUGAAUGGUUUAACUGAACACCUGAAAGACCAGUGACCACUGAAGAACGAUUUAAUAGACAAAGGUCUUGCUGUUAAUAAGUGAAGUUUCAGCUUAUAUAAUAUUUAUUUUCUAAGUUUUCUUCAAUUGAUUUAUUGUGAACAAAUCAAUCAGUAUUUAUGAUUCCUGUGUUUUUUAAUACCAUCAAUUAAAAAUUGGUUUGAUUUUU